AUGGUUUCUUCCGUCGGUGUGACUCGCACACCAGAGUAUGUUAAUGGUCUUCGUGAGGAAUACGACUUUCACCCGAAAGAUAUGGUCGUGAUUCUUUUGAGGAAACCUACAACCAACUUCAUUGCCAAGUUGUUACCCUCUAGUGUUGACGAGAUAUGCAUUCUUGAUGAUGACGUUGACCAGACUGAAGGAAUGCGAAGGGAAAAGGAGCAGCCUGUUGUUUCUAAAGUACUAGUGAUGAGCGCUCAGGAUCAACCUCAUGGAGUGGCCUAUCAGAAAUAUCCACCUGCUUCGGAGAUGUAUGAUUAUGAUGAGCUUAUUGCUUGUCUACAAGGCAAGAAUCAAUGUUCCCAAAAUGUUUUUCCACCAAGUGCAAUCUUAUUGAGGAUUCCCAUAUUUCAUAUCAAUAUGUAG